UGUCUGAGCCCUGGCCGGGUAGUUCAAUUGGUUACAGCCGAGGUUGUGGUUUUGAUCCUGGUCAGGGCACAUAAAAGGAUCACCCAAUGGAAGCAUGGAAGAGUGGAACCACUAUUCCAUCUUUCUCUCUCCCUUCUCUCUCUCUUUCAAAUCAAUAAUAAAAAAUAAAAUAAUAGUUAAAAAUAAAGUGUCGAGUUGAAUCUCUGCAGGGGAAGGAGGACCGCGUUCAGCGAUGUUUCUAAGAAAUCAGCUGUGACCCCAGCAUGCAGAAGUUACCAGUCGGAGGGCUGGGGGCUGCAAGUUUUCCUGGGAGUUCAGAUGCACUGAACCAGCUUUACCCAUGCCAGGGUACGCCCGAGGCCCCUGUGGAUUGUCUCCUGCACCUGAGCGGCCGCUGAGUGGCCUGCGGGCUCGCGCUCCUCCUGAUCACUGCGCUGGCCCGGACGGUUUCCAACUCCCGCCGCGCUCGGGGAGAGCCACGCCCCCGGGUAGCCACGCCCCCAACAGCCGCCGGAGCCACCGCCCCGCUCGCGGCCAGCUUCUGAUCAACAGUCCGGCCACGCGCCCCUGCUGCCGUUAAGAGACCCAAAACCGAUGCCUUGCAGCUGGGCUCUCGGAGGGAAUGGGCGGAGGACUAGAGCGCCUCGCGGAGGAACUGGCCGCGCAGGUGAAGACGCUGGCAGGUAACGCCAGGUAUCCAGACUGCGCGUGCGCGGCCGGCUGGGCGGGGCCAGGAGUUACUGGCGGCUGCGGCUCAGCUCCCUCCGCCUGCGGUCCACGCCCCGCGGUGCUACCAGGUUGUGCUGCUUUCCUACCCGAGGGACAGGCAUCGCCUCAUGCCCGGGACCUUAACGCUGGGUAGCUGGAGGACAGUUUUGGGAUUCGAGCCAGGUGGUUACUGAUUCCUGGAACCUGAAGGAUACAUCUACAUUUUUGUUUCAGUGAAACUUGGGGAGACAAAAUGGAACAGAACAACAGAGAGGGCAACAGUGCGGCAGAUGGCAAUUUUGACCUUCCCACCAAGAAGACAAUUAAUUUCUUCCCCCCGUUGUACAGACAGCGUUACAGCUUCGUUAAUGACCUGGUGAAUCGACAUAAACCCAAGAAGGUGGCAGACUUGGGGUGUGGUAACGCUUUGCUCAUACAGAUGAUUAAAUCACACAGUUGUCUUGAACUGAUUGUUGGAGUAGAUAUCAAUGAAGACAAAAUAGGAUCCCAGAGGUGUAAAUUGUCUCCGUUCUCCGGGGAUUACCUGUGUCCCCGGGAUCUGAACUUGUCUAUCAUCCUGUAUCACGGCUCCGCUGUGGAGAAAGACUCUCGUUUGCGUGGAUUUGACUUAGUGACGUGUAUCGAGUUAAUAGAGCACCUGGACUCACAAGACCUGGCCAGGUUUCCCAAAGUCGUGUUCGGGUACUUGUCCCCAGCCAUGGUCGUCAUCAGCACACCCAACUCCGACUUCAACCCCCUGUUCCCAGUCGUGACCUUAAGAGACUCAGAUCACAAAUUUGAGUGGAACAGGGAGCAGUUUCAGACCUGGGCCUCGGGUGUGGCCAACUUCUACAAUUACUCUGUGGAGUUUACCGGCGUGGGGGAGCCCCCCGAAGGAGCUGGGAAUGUCGGCUACUGCACCCAGAUAGGGGUCUUCCGGAAAAUGGGGGCCCCGGCGACCUCCCAGUGUGCUGCAGAGCCCUGUGGUGAACACGUGUAUAAAGUGGUUUACUCAGUGUCAUACCCGAGUUUACAGCAAAAGGAAGUGCGCAAACUCGCGUUAGCCAACGAGGUGUCUCGGCAAGUCCAGAGCAUGAGACAGAGCUACCUCUCGGGCCUGAGCGAGUCACAGAACGGCCACAGACAGGGCCCGCAGACCAAGGGCAAUGGGCUGGUCGCGUUUUCUGGACCGAGCUUCACGGAGCUGGAGAAACGCAACAUUGAGAAGGCCCCCAAGCCCUUCUGCUGCGGGAGUAAGUUUUACGUGCCGCUGGAAAGGCUCCUCGCGUAUCCCAAGGUGAACCGCCUGUGUGAUGACCCAGACGCCCUGAGGGCGCUCCUUCAGGGCACGGUAAGGCUGAGCAGGGAUGGCUCCGCCGUGACCGUCGACCUGCACGAUGACAGUCAGUGAGCCUCCUGUCCCCAGCCUCUCGGCCGAGGCAAUUGAUGGGACCACUGAGAACUUUUUGUGUAGUCCUAAUUCAAGCAACUUUUACAUUUUUUAAAAUCUAUUGAUUUGAGAGAGAGAGAGAGAGAAAGAGAGAGAGAGAAGAAACACAUUGAUUUGCUGUUCUACUUAUUGAUGCAUUGUCAAGUCUCGUAUGUGUCUUGACCGGGGAUCAAACCCACCACCUUGGUGUAUUGGGAUGAGGCUUUAACCAACUCAUCUGCCUGGCCAGGGCAACUGUUAAUUUUGAAAUCACUUAACUGGGUCUUUCUUUCUUGUUUUUUCAGUAGGCUUAUUUUGUUUGAGGGUGUGUGAAGAGAGCUCCUGAUAUGUUUUGUUGUUGUUGUUAUUGUUGUUGGAGCUGUGUGUUGCCAUUAAAA